AUGCGAAAGAUUAAGAUAUAUUUUUAUAAUUAAUAAAAAAUUAAUAAAUAUUUAAAAAAUAAAUAAUAAAGACAAAUGAUUCAAUAAAAUUGCCCUAAUAAUCUAAAUCCCUCCAAAAAGAUAAAAGCAAAUAGAUUAGAUAAAAAGAAAAGUAAUGGCAAAAGUAUAAAAGAAAAAGACCAAGUCGCUAAAUUAAUAAAUGAUAUUUAUAACAACAAUACAUGUAUAUUGUUAUGUGAUUAAUACAAAAAAUAGGAAUUCGAAAAUUAUAUCCUAGCUAAUUAUUCUUACAGCAGAUAAAAAAUGUUUAGAGAGCUUUACUAUAAUUGGCUUAUGUCUGAUAUGAGUUUAGAAUAAUAAGAAGAUCCAUCAGAAUUAUUCUUAAACCUGUAAACACUAAUAGAUUCUUAUACGAAAAGAAUCAACGAUGAAAAAAAAUUGUUAUAAGAAGAUACUUUUACACUGAUGCUAUUUUUUAUACUAAAAUAUUGUCAGUAUGAAUAGUUUUUAGAAUUUAGCAAUGAAGUGUAAUUAAUGGAAUAAUAAAAUCCGGUAAGUAUUUAAAGAGUUUAAGAGUUAAAAAAAUUAAACUUUGUAAAAAAGAGUUAAACAUUUUAAAAAGUUUGCGAGUUGUUUAUAAAAUGUUUUUAAAGUCUUGAGAUAUCUGAUUAAUUUAUAAAAGAGUAAGCUAUUUCAAAAAGUUUAAUUCAAGAUUAGAUAAAUAAGAUUAUGGACGAGCAAAUUAUUUUCAAUUAAAAAAAUGUAAAAUAAACAAUAUUUAAUCAAUUUUUAUCAAGAAUUCUUUGGGAUUAGGGGAAUAUAAAAUAAUAAUUAGUAAACAUAUAGCUUUAGUUGAUUUAUGAAUACUAGUAAAUAGAUGACUAUUAAUAAUAUUACAUAUUGAUGGAUUAUUUGGAAGAAAUCAUUUUAUUUUAUGUUUUGUGCUUACAUUCAUUAGAUGAAUAUAAAGAAGUAGAAUAAUUUAUUUAAAAAAUUAACUAUUAAGAGACAUACUAUAAAUUAUCUGAUAUAUACAAAAUCUCUCCAUAUAAAUUUUAAGAAGUUGUAAUACAUUUAAUUAGUAUUUAAGAUAUACUAAUUUUAUGUCACUUUUGGUGA